AGGGCGGGGCUAAGGGCGGAAGUGGGUGUGGCGGAGACGGGAGCCGAGAGGGCACGCAGAGGUAAGGUUCUGGGCAGUGGGAGCCGCUGGGCCGAGGAGAUGAUACCCCCGCAGGAGGCGUCCGCCCGGCGGCGGGAGAUUGAGGACAAGCUAAAGCAGGAGGAGGAGACGCUGUCCUUCAUCCGAGACAGCCUGGAGAAGAGCGACCAGCUCACCAAAAACAUGGUGUCUAUCCUGUCAUCCUUUGAGAGCCGUCUUAUGAAGCUGGAGAACUCCAUCAUCCCUGUGCACAAGCAGACGGAGAACCUGCAGCGGCUGCAGGAGAAUGUUGAGAAGACUCUCUCCUGCCUGGACCAUGUCAUCAGCUACUACCAUGUGGCCAGUGACACUGAGAAAAUCAUCAGGGAGGGCCCCACAGGCAGGCUGGAGGAGUACCUUGGGAGCAUGGCCAAGAUUCAGAAGGCUGUGGAGUAUUUCCAGGACAAUAGCCCGGACAGCCCAGAGCUCAACAAAGUGAAGCUGCUGUUCGAGCGCGGGAAGGAGUCUCUGGAGUCCGAGUUCCGCAGCCUGAUGACCAGGCACAGCAAGGUCGUGUCCCCUGUGCUCAUCCUGGAUCUGAUCAGCGGCGAGGAUGAGCUGGAGGUCCAAGAGGAGGUGCCCCUGGAGCACCUGCCUGAAGGAGUGCUCCAGGACGUGAUCCGCAUCUCCCGCUGGCUGGUGGAGUACGGCCGCAACCAAGAUUUCAUGAACGUCUACUACCAGAUCCGCUCCAGCCAGCUAGACCGCUCCAUCAAGGGCCUGAAGGAGCAUUUCCGGAAGAGCAGCUCUUCCUCUGGGGUUCCCUACUCCCCUGCCAUCCCCAACAAGAGGAAAGACACGCCCACCAAGAAGCCCAUCAAGAGGCCAGGGACGAUCCGUAAGGCUCAGAACCUUCUGAAACAGUAUUCCCAGCAUGGUCUAGAUGGGAAAAAGGGGGGCUCUAACCUCAUUCCUCUGGAAGGUCACGAGCAUGAUUUCCGAGUUAAGCACCUGUCCGAGGCCCUGAACGACAAGCACGGGCCGCUGGCUGGGAGAGACGACACGCUGGACGUGGAGACCGACGCCUACAUUCACUGCGUCAGCGCCUUCGUCAAGCUGGCCCAGAGCGAGUACCAGCUGCUGACGGACGUCAUCCCCGAGCACCAUCAGAAGAAGACCUUUGAUUCCCUGAUCCAGGAUGCGCUGGACGGGCUGAUGCUCGAAGGGGAAAACAUCGUGUCUGCGGCCCGAAAGGCCAUCAUUCGGCACGACUUCUCCGCCGUGCUCACUGUCUUCCCCAUACUGCGGCACCUGAAGCAGACCAAGCCCGAGUUUGACCAGGUGCUCCAGGGUACGGCUGCCAGCACCAAGAACAAGCUGCCCGGCCUCAUCACCUCCAUGGAGACCGUUGGAGCCAAGGCCCUGGAGGACUUUGCUGACAACAUCAAGAAUGAUCCAGACAAGGAAUACAACAUGCCCAAGGACGGCACCGUGCACGAGCUCACAAGCAACGCCAUCCUCUUCCUACAGCAGCUCCUAGACUUCCAAGAGACGGCAGGGGCCAUGCUGGCCUCCCAAGUUCUUGGGGACACAUACAAUAUUCCUUUAGACCCCCGAGAGACCAGUUCCUCUGCCACCAGCUACAGCUCCGAGUUCAGCAAGCGUCUGCUAAGCACCUAUGUCUGUAAGGUCCUGGGCAACCUACAGCUGAACCUCCUGAGCAAGUCCAAGGUGUACGAGGACCCGGCCCUGAGCGCCAUCUUCUUGCACAACAACUACAACUACAUCCUCAAGGCCCUGGAGAAGUCUGAGCUGAUCCAGCUGGUGGCCGUGACCCAGAAGACUGCUGAGCGCUCCUACCGGGAGCACAUUGAACAGCAGAUCCAGACCUACCAGCGCAGCUGGUUAAAGGUGACUGACUACAUCGCUGAGAAGAAUCUACCUGUGUUCCAACCGGGAGUCAAGCUAAGGGACAAGGAGCGGCAGAUGAUCAAGGAGCGGUUCAAGGGUUUCAAUGAUGGCCUUGAAGAAUUGUGCAAGAUCCAGAAGGCCUGGGCUAUUCCUGACAUGGAGCAGAGAGACAAGAUUCGCCAAGCGCAGAAAAAUAUUGUCAGGGAGACCUAUGGGGCCUUUCUGCAAAGGUAUGGCAGCGUGCCCUUCACCAAGAACCCGGAGAAGUAUAUCAAGUACCGUGUGGAGCAGGUGGGCGACAUGAUCGACCGCCUCUUUGACACGUCCGCCUGAGCCUCCUGCAGCCCCCGCCCGGCUCUGCCUGAGCCUCCUGCGGUCCCUGCCCGGCUCUGCCGGAGCAGCCAUGUUACGGGACAGAUAAAUCAGUGUUAACUUGC